GAAGGAGAAGGUCCUACAGAAGCAGAUGUUCCUUUGGGGUGGUGUUAAACAUGAUGAGAUGGUAAGAUCUGCUUUCACUUUAAAGGAAUAUUUCUGGUGCUGCUUGGAAAGAAAUGUCAGGGGCAAGAAUGCUGCAGGAGGGCUGGCCUGGAGGACAGGGUGGGACUGCAGGGCUGGCUGCCCAGAGGGACAGGAGCCUGCACUUGCAUCAGAGCUUCCUGGGAGGGCCCGGCUCUGGGGAGGAGGCCUGAGCAAGGGCUCCCCGCUGGGAUGUUUCUGUCUUAGAUAUGCCUGGUGUUUCUGGGUCCUGUGACCCACAUGUGAGCAGCCUGAAGUGCUGGUGUCACAGGGGGAAACUGAGGCAGGGACCCUGUGGGGGCUGCUCAGCAGGGGACAGGCAGUGUCUGUGCCCACUGCUGUCCCACACCUCCAUGGCAAACACAAAUCCCGCCAGAGAGCCCCCUCCCAUCUCCACGGGGCCUCUGGAGUGCCAAGUGUGAGGCCUUCAUGGGCAGUGUGGGGUGGGGCCAGGAGCCUGCUGCAGGCUGGCCAGGCCCCAGCCCUCCCAGUCCCACCCUGCACUACCUCCAUGCACUUCUCAGGGCCCUCAAGGCUUUUCCUGUGGCUUCUGACAGGUGCAGCCAGUGAUGAUGGCUUCUCAGCCAUUAAGCUCAUGGCACUGGGGAGACCCCAGCUUCCGCUGCAGUUCUCAGACAGGCUGACCAAGUGGAGAUGCUUCUUUCACCAAAUGGCUGCGGAGCAAGGGCAGGUGAGCCUGGCUGCUACAGACACCAAGCUGGAGGUGGUGGUGCUGCAGGAAAGCAUCACAAAGGUGGGCAUCACAUCCAGGGCUGAGAUUGAGGACUGGUUCACAGCAGAGACCCUGGGAGUGUCUGGCACCGUGUACCUGCAGGACUGGAGCAGCCUCAUCGACAGCAGGACCAAGCUCUCCAAGCACCUGAUGGUCCCUAACGCACAGAGUCCCUAUGGUCCACGGGGAAGAAGACAAACCCACUAAUGUCCACAUAAGGCAUGGUGGGACAGAGACCCAUGCAGAGCCUUAAGGUACCACAAGGAGAGGGUAUCUGGGGACCUUCCCCAACUCAUCUGUCCUUGUGCACCAGGUCACCCCAAACCAGAGGCCUGAGAUGGCAACUGUCACUCUGCUUCUCCCUCGUGGUUCUGUGGUUGACAGCACUUGGCUGGGCAGUCCUCCCUUGGGGUCUCCUGGGUAGCGGUGCUCACAGAGUGGUGGGCCUGGGUCCUGGUGGAGGUGCCCAUUUACAUGUCUGAAAGUUGGUGCUGGCUGUGGCUUGGGCUUUCAACAUGGCAGCUGUGUUCUAAAGGCCAGUGUCACCUGAGACAUGAGAGCCAGGCAGAAGCUGGGUUACCUUUUCCUGCCUCACCUCAGGAGUCACACGGUGUUUUUCUGCCAAGUCUGUUUGUUAGAAGCAAGUCACCAGGCCAGCCUGUAUGCUGGGGGGAGAGGAAUGAGACUUCUCUGCCUGUGGGAGUGUGCCCAGGAACUGGCAGACUGCUUGAAAGAACAACCUAAGAAGGGAUUGAAAGAACGAACAGAAUCACCUUCAGAAGACACUCUGCAGAGGCAGCUUUCCAUCAGACAUCUAGCCCUGGUUCACUAAGGGCCCAGCCUCAAACUUAGAGCUACUGACCCAGAGCCUUGGGGUGCAACAAGGCCACCAGCUGUUGGAGACAUUAGCAUAGUGCAGCAAGGGAUCUAGAGGUACUGUUUGUGCCCAGUGAGACAAGGCUGUUGGGGCCAGCAAAGGGGUGAGCGGUAGGCCCUGUGCUGCAGGGACCCUGUGGGAUGGGUCCCCAUGGCCUCUGAGCACCAGCUCCUUGAAGGCCUCAUCCUGGAGGGUGCCCUGGUCUCCAGCCAUGUGUCAGUGAGUGCUGCACGGCCGUCCUGUCUGCCUGUAGCCAGGGGUUCUUCCUCCUGGGCCCUCUCCCUGAUCUGGAUGGAACCCUUC